AUGAACUCCUUUUUCGGCUCUGUGGGCAUGGUUUUUGGCCGUAGGCCAAUCCUCAACACCCUCAUUCAAACGAGGAACAAGAUGAAAACCAACAAGUCUGCGGCCAAGAGACUCGUUCAGAUUUCCAGUGGUUAUGUCAGAAAACAGGCCGGCAGAAACCACGGAAACGGCAAUUUUUCGGCCAGCUCGCUCAAACACUUGGACGGCUGGGUUCCUGUGACCAAGAAGGGUGGCCACUUGAAGAAAAUCAAGACUGUUUUGGGUGGUUAA